AUGCAAGCUCAACUUGAUACAUGCAACACCACACCCGAACGUGGGGUAUGGACGCAUAAGUACCGUCUCCUUCUCGCCUUGGACUUCGAAGCAGCCAUCAAUCUCAAACAGUGGAACGACAUCCCGAGCAUAAUCGACAGAGCCAGCAAUAUGCUCAACGACAAGCUCUGCUCCGCAUUCCUAGACUGUAUCCUCCGCUCUGGGGCGCCAGCUCCCAACAUCGCACAGGUCGUCAAGGAUAUAAUCUGCAUCUUCCACUCCUCGCCGUCUCCAUCCUUCAGCGCUGGGGCCUUCCACCAGAAACUUCCCCGGUAUCUACGGUGCCUGUUUCAAAUAGCCCUGGAGGCGAAAGACUACUCGCUGGCAGAGUCAGUCCUUCACCAAGCUAUCGUUCUAGCUCGGGAUGGCUCAGCAGACACAGACUUGCCGUUUGUAUAUCCGAGCGACGAGCUCAAAUGGCUGGCAACCAUGGCUUUCAAUAGAGCGGUCGAUUUAUAUAUUGCCUCGGCUGAUGAGGACUGUCGAAAAUGGGGAGAGAUUGCUUUUACACUGGCUGAUUUGAUAAAGGAUGAUGGCGGUGCGCUGCUGAGAAUGCUGCGGCAAAACUAUGCCAAACUUAUGUGA